UGUGUGUGUGUGUGCACGGCGUAGUUUGGUUAUUUUUCGUUGUUGUUGCUUUUCUUUUCUGUUGUUCCUGCCUUCGUCUUGUGUGCGAGAUUCGCUUGGGAGUGGUGCAACAAAAGGGCUUCGUGGCCGUCAGCACGAAUACUGCGGCGGACGAGAGGAGGCGGGCUCGAACAGGCAUGGAUUUGGAUGAGCUGCUUGGUGGUGGCUCGCCGCAAGAAGACCCCUUGGCCCUUGACGAUGUUCUCGGUGAUGCGGCGUCGCCACCGCCACCAACAGCAGCCGUUCCAACGGGGGCGGGAAUGGGCGGACCGCAGACCUGCGUGAGUGUGCCGAAGCCACGCCGCCCGCCCGCGAAGGGGCCGCCGCCGCC